CAGACGCAACAGACGCCAUGGCGGGGACAGCCAGACACGACCACCAGAUGAUUGUGGAGGCGAAGCGCCGACUCAGCGUCUGUCAGGAUCCGGUGGAGAGACUGAGGCUGCUGUGUCUGAGCAGAGGGUCAGCAGGGAUCAAGGGGCUGGGCAGGACCUUCAGGGUCCUGGACGAUAACAACAGCCGCUCUUUGGACUUCAAGGAGUUCCUGAAGGGUCUGAAGGACUUCGGUCUCCUGCUGGACCGGACGGAGGCCGCCGCCCUCUUCCAGCACUUUGACCGGGACGGGAAUGGAACCAUCGACUUUGACGAGUUCCUCGUCACUCUGAGGCAGCCGCCGAUGUCCAAGGCGCGGACGGAGGUGGUGAUGCAGGCGUUCCGGAAGCUGGACAGGACCGGAGACGGCGUGAUCACGGUGGACGACCUGAGGGACGUCUACUGCGCCAAGUUCCACCCCAAGUACCAGAACGGGGAGUGGACGGAGGAGCAGGUCUUCAGGACCUUCCUGGACAGCUUCGACUCCCCCAACGACAAGGACGGCAAGGUGACCCUGGAGGAGUUUGUGAACUAUUACAGCGGAGUGAGCGCCUCCAUCGACAGCGACGUCUUCUUCAUCCUCAUGAUGAAGAACGCCUGGAAGCUGUGAGAGCAGGAGUGAGCAGGAGUGAGCAGGAGUGACCUGGAGUGAGCAGGAGUGACCUGGAGUGACCUGGAGUGAGCAGGAGUGACCUGGAGUGACCUGGAG